AUGGCAUCUCCGUCUAACGCUGGGGGGGAGCAUAACAAUGCAGACAUCGAUCCGAUAUGGAUGUCAAGCCGUACAUCUCGACAGAUAUACGCUCUCGGAGAGGUGGAAAAGACCGAUGGCCCAGAGGAUAACCUCCCACAGGGCGAAGAAAGGUCUGAACAAUUCGUGCUUGAAGUGAGCGAGUAUUUUGAACGCUUAGACGCAAUACAAGUUGCUAUACGUUCGUCACUCGCACACAUGCGCCAGUCACGCAUAGCUCCGUCUGCUAUCAACGCACCCCCCUUGGGGGCCAUACCACCCUCUCUUGGCGUUGGAUUACCAGUCACAGAAGAUACUACUGGUGCUAACGAAGCCAACCGUGGGCUACAGGAGGAGCGCGUAGAUCGUGACGCAUGGGUGGGUAUACUCGACGCGCUGACGAGAUUACAAGCAGCAAAAGAGCAGGAAGUGCAGCCAGAAGCUCAUCAGGCUAUGGACACGCGAAAAUAGGACACAGCGAAGGGGUGGAACAACAUGAUCUCAAAUACUUGGCGGAGUGUUACUUUAUUUUCCGAUGGCUUUUUACAUGCAUAAACAUUCACAAUAUUCGCAAUCUUAGCCCUUCUUCAUCUACUAUGCACAUUAUCAUCCUAUCCACACUCUGCAGAGUAACGACCAACCUGCUGCUGUUCAAGUACAAACCGCAUUCUUUGGGCCCUCAACCUUGCAUCCGUAUGGACUACCGCAGGGGGCAAACAAGACGAACUCUUCACCAUUGCAGAUAAAGAUGUACGCAU